AUGUUCCUAGCCAUUGAUUUAUGCUGUUCUGAAUUUGAUCGAAUAAGAGUGGUACAUGAUUUCGAACAAUAUAAACAAAGUAUGAAUCAAGCUGCUGAUUAUGUCACUAAAUUAAAGAAGGACCUUUCCGAUUGUACUCAAAAGCAUGGUCGUCUCGACAUUUGUCUCAGCAUGCAAGAUGUUCAUGAUCUCAAGCCAAUCUAUGAGAAUCUUUUAACGAACAUGAACACAAUCCGGGAUUUAUGUUUAAAACCAUUUCCAGCUAUCUGA